AUGACCGUCGUCAUUGUCAUUUUAGUCGCCGCUCUGGUGGCCAUUGUGGUGGGGGUGGUCGUCCUUCCAAAUGGCAACGAGUCGUCCGUCGUGACCGAAUCAUCAUCAUCCACUGUCGACGAGAUGACCUCCCCGUUCUUUGCGGCAUUGCCAAAUGCCACAAUGGCAUCACUUCAGGACGUCGAAUCACCCCAGUCCCAGGCACUCGAGUGGCUGUUUGGUCAUCCCAAUUACGGCACCAUGGAGGAUUGGAAAAGGAUUCAACCGUUUGCAAUGGUUACAUAA